AUGAGCAAAUCUUUGGCGUCGUUCCUCGAUCGCCGCAAGAAGAGCACGGUCAAGGCGGCGACGCUGCUGCUGCAGACCGAGGAGGCGGCGAAGGAAAAGCAGAAGGCGAAGGACGGCCUUGACGAGCCGCAGCCCGAGCAGCAGUCCGACCACGACGACGAGUGGAAGGUGUCCGACGAUGAGGAGACCAAGGCGAUCCAGAAGCAGGCGACCUUCUCGGGCAGCCUCCUGAUGUCGGUGCGCACGGUGACCGGCGACGGGUCCGAGGAGCGCGGCCCGCGGAACGACGCGAAGCCCACCCAGCACGUGUGGCAGAGCAUCGUCGAGCCGCCCGUCAAGGAGGAGCCUCAGCCGGAGAAGGGCGGCAAGGUGUGGAUUCCCAAGUACAAGUCGGUGUCGUACGUGGGCAAGGACGACAUCGACCUGGCUGAGGCCGCGCGUCUGGCGGCUGCGAAGUCGGAGCAGCCCUCCGGCAGCAAGGUGAAGAAGGUCAAGAAGAAGCCGGCCACCCUGCAGCCCCAGGACGACGACGAGCCCGCUCGCUACGUCAAGGUGAAGUUCAACGUGUUCUCCGUGGUGGAUGAGGAGUACCGCACGUUCAACGCGCCGCUCCCCACCUCGUCGGUCGACAGCGAGAAGGUCAAGGCCAAGUACAUCGCACGAGCGGCGUUUGCGUGUAGCAUGGGCGCUACGCUCUCAGACGAAGAACGUCUUGCGAUCGACCUGCAGGUCAGGCCGCCACACGAACUCGAACAGCCCCUUCUCCAGGUCCAUAGUGCCCUCCUGUGUGCCUUGUGCUGGUGCGAACGUGCGCCUACCUGGACGGAGUGCAUCUUCAGCGUGAACCGCGGCCCGAUCUCCAUGAGCGAGCACUUCUUCUCGUUGCGGAAAACGUAUCUGCGCGCAUUAGCCGCACCACCGCGCCUGCUACCUGUGGUGUCGGAAGAAGAUCAUGUCACGCUGGUUGUGCCAGGUGAUGACCCGCCUUGCCUCGAACUCCGGGUCCUGCGCGCCGUUAGCGGUGGUGGCCGGCGACCCACCAGCGGGAAUAGCGAUGCGAUUUGCCGGCCGAUUCUGCGUCCCAGCCGGGUGUUGAAGUUGUUGAGGAUGAUCUCCGACUUGCUUUCCGUGAAGUUGCCGGAGCCCUUCAUGUCGCUGGCGAGCACCAGGCUGGUGAGCCGGAAGAACGUGGUCGGCCCGCCUGCUAGUGGUCAGACGCUGUGA